GUCGCCUAUUACUACACAUGUUUUUCAUUUUGAAGCCUACUUCUAGAUUCCACGUGUUAAAAUGUCAAGUAUGACGUCACAUCCGGCUAGGGAUUGUUUACGUUUUCUGAGUUUAAGGUUAGGAAAUUGUUUCGGAGAGCCGACUUUAUUUGUCUCAUGUCUUGAAGAAUGCCCAUUGAAGUCAAGUCUCGAAUUGUGGUUCUCUAUGGCUCUCAAAAAGGUCAAGCCCAGUCCAUUGCAGAAGGGAUAGCUGAAGAGGCAGAGGAGCAUGGACUACUUGCUGAGCUCAGCUGUUUGAAUCAGAAAGAGAAGUACAAUUUGGAGAAGGAAAAUUCCCCUGUUGUCUUUAUUGUGUCUACUACUGGAGAUGGGGAGCCACCAGACAAUGCCUUGGAAUUUGUGAAGCACAUCAAGAAGAAGACACUCUCCUCUGAACACUAUAAACAUCUCCACUAUGCACUUUUAGCUUUAGGAGACACCAAUUACGAAAACUUUUGCAACUGUGGCAAGACAAUUGAGCGCCGUCUACAGGAGCUUGGAGCCCAACAAUUCUAUGCAACAGGAUAUGCAGAUGACGGUACAGGGUUGGAGUUGGUUGUAGACCCUUGGCUUGAAGGACUGUGGAAAGCUGUCAAAGCCGCUUUAACAAAUAUGGCUUCUGAUUGGAGUAUGGACAAGACAAUUCCAGAUUCAUCAAUACCACAUGUUGAACUAAACCGCCUAAGCCUCACUGACCAGUCUCCCAACUUAGACCUCAAAUGUGCAUCCCCGGGUUCAGCUUCUGUUGAAGAAGUCCGGUUAACGGCACCCCCAGCGGAAACGCAAAACACGGAUGCUGGAUUGUCCGAUGCACCUUCACUGUCACACUCAGUGCCUCCACUGUCCGAUUUGUCUCUAAAUGUUCCUAGUCUACCUCCACCUUUUCUACACGUGUCUCUUCAGGAGUUAGACAUGGUAGAUGAGAUUUCUGGACCGUUAAACAGCGAAACUCUCAAUUUGGUCCCUAUAUCCCGUGCCGUUUGUUUAACAACGGGCGAGUCAGUCAAGACUGCCAUCCUUCUUGAGCUUGACAUCACUACUCACCCAAUGUUGACUUAUCAGCCCGGGGACUCGUUUGAUGUUUUUUGCCCAAAUAGGGCAUCUGAGGUCAAGCAAUUGCUUCAAAGAUUGGGUCUCGAGGAUAAGAAGAAUCAUCUAGUCCAAGUUUCUUUACUGAAAAACACAAAGAAAAAAGGUGCUCAGGUUCCUUCAUACAUCCCUCAGAACAUUUCUCUACUGUACCUGUUCACAUGGUGUCUGGAGAUUAGAAGUGUUCCUAAGAAGGCCUUCUUGCGAGCGCUGGCUGAGCAUACAGCAGACGGCGUGCAAAAAAGAAGACUGCAAGAACUUUGUAGCAAACAAGGCACCGCAGACUACAACCAGUUUGUGAGAGAGACAAGCCUCUGUGUUUUGGACCUUCUGGACACUUUCCCAUCCUGCUUGCCUCCCCUGAGCCUCUUUAUAGAACAUCUCCCCAAGCUGCAGCCAAGGCCUUAUUCAGUGGCCAGCUCCUGCCUUCAGCAUCCGGGCAAGCUGAAUUUCGUUUUUAGCGUUAUCGAGUUCCCAGCACGCUCAGGUCGUCCUGUGGGGAGGCAGGGCUUAUGUACUGGUUGGCUCUUUGACCUCGUCUCCCCUCGCCUGGUUCACCAAGGGAAGGAUGAAUUGCAGCAUUGCGGGUCCGUACCGCUGAUUCAUGUGAGUUUGAGACCCAACCGCUCCUUUCGACUUCCACCUGACACCUCAGUGCCUGUCGUAAUGGUCGGACCUGGUACGGGUGUCGCGCCCUUCAUCGGCUUCCUCCAGCAAAGAGAAAAGGAGAGGCAGGAGAAUCCCGAUGCCGUGUUCGGUGAGACCUGGUUGUUUUUCGGUUGUCGCUACAGAGACCGAGACUACCUGUUCAGGGAGGAGCUGGAGGGCUUUGUAUCCAGUGGCACCUUGGACCACCUCAUGGUGUGUUUCUCCAGAGAUAACCAGAAGGAGGAGGCCGUUGUUUCAGAGAGACCUCCCAAAUAUGUCCAACACAACAUGUUGCGCCACAGCCACAAAAUCAUCAACAUUUUGAUCAGACAAAACGGUUGCCUCUAUGUUUGUGGAGAUGCAAAGAACAUGGCUCGAGAUGUAAACGACACCCUGGUGGAGAUGAUCAUGAGUGAGCUCCAGGUGGACCAACUGGAGGCCAUGAAGCAACUGGCUAGCCUGAGGGAGGAGAAACGCUACUUGCAGGACAUCUGGGGAUAAAAGAGGUCUUCUCUUUUUUUGUUUUUAAAAAAAAAUAUGAUCCAAAACUCAACACACUAAGCUGUAGCCUUCUGAGCUAACUGCAAGGUCGAGCAAAAGUGACCUUGGCCAGUCCAAUAUUGCUGCUUAUUUGUUCUUACGGUGUGAAGAUGCUUUUAGGCUUGACAAGCACUCCAUGUUUAUCCUGCCAGUAAAAGUAUUUAAGUCAGAUUUGAUGGAGGGAUUUCAAUGAGACUGAAACUGGCAUUCGGUUCCUCCCUAGAUAAACAAAAGUCAUUUACAUGCAAAUAUAAAAAGGAUUUUGCAGGGUUUAGAAGUUUUUUGGGGUUUUUUUUUUACGUGCAAAACUCACUGCCAACUUAAUAAACCGCAUUUGAAAAUGAACUUGUGAAGGCCACACACACCCAAAAACUCAAAUCAUUUUUUUGAAAAUGGAAUUUUAAUGAAAAUACAUGAAAUACAAAUACAUUACCGGAACAAUACAAGGUGUAUUUCUUUUUAUUAUUCAUCAUGAGAAAGUGUACUGUGAAGUUCAGAGUGAGCAUAGAGGGCACAAAUAUCCAUCAUAAAGCUCUCAGCUCUGAGAAUAAUCCCCCCGACUUGACUUUGUCUGGGUCUGCCCGCAUGCACAAUGUUAUUUUGGACUCCUUCAAACAUUUCCCCAGCUGAGCUACCAUCUCAAACACACACUCAUGCACACACUGCCUGUCAUAUUGUGUGGUAUGGAAAUAAAAUAAUUCGAAUAAACUUCAA